AGUUGCGACCUGCCCGCAGCCAUGUGGGUCUGGGCCUUUGGGCCCUUUCCGACUGGGGUGCUUCGACCUUGGGCGGAGGGCCCUGCUUUCCUUCUUCCUACAGCUCAUGGCCCCCUGACCCCGGCUCCAGGGCGGGGCGGAGCGGGCUGCUCUGAGGCCCCGCCCCCGCCUGCCGCCACCAGCCCCGCCCCUCCCGCUGCUGCCGGCUCCCUUCGGCCCCGCGGUGCCGUGCGCGCCUGCGCUGGCCCUGGACUCGGAGCAGCCAUGAUGGAAGGCCUGGACGACGGCCCCGACUUCCUCUCGGAGGAGGACCGCGGACUUAAAGCAAUAAAUGUAGAUCUUCAAAAUGAUGCUGCUCUGCAAGUGGACAUUUCUGAUGCUCUGAGUGAGAGAGAUAAAGUAAAAUUCACUGUUCACACAAAGAGUUCAUUGCCAAAUUUUAAACAAAAUGAGUUUUCUGUUGUUCGACAACAUGAGGAAUUUAUCUGGCUUCAUGAUUCCUUCGUCGAAAAUGAAGACUAUGCGGGUUAUAUUAUCCCACCAGCACCACCAAGACCUGAUUUUGAUGCUUCAAGGGAAAAACUACAGAAGCUUGGAGAAGGAGAAGGGUCCAUGACAAAAGAAGAAUUCACAAAGAUGAAACAGGAACUGGAAGCUGAAUAUUUGGCAAUAUUCAAGAAGACUGUUGCAAUGCAUGAAGUGUUUCUAUGUCGUGUGGCAGCACAUCCUAUUUUGAGAAAAGAUUUAAAUUUCCAUGUCUUCUUGGAAUAUAAUCAAGAUCUGAGUGUGAGAGGAAAAAAUAAAAAAGAGAAACUUGAAGAUUUCUUCAAAAACAUGGUUAAAUCAGCAGAUGGAGUAAUUGUUUCAGGAGUAAAGGAUGUAGAUGAUUUCUUUGAGCAUGAACGAACAUUCCUUUUAGAAUAUCAUAACCGAGUUAAGGAUGCAUCUGCUAAAUCUGAUAGGAUGACAAGAUCCCACAAAAGUGCUGCAGAUGAUUACAAUAGGAUUGGUUCUUCACUAUAUGCUCUAGGAACUCAGGAUUCUACAGAUAUAUGCAAGUUUUUUCUCAAAGUUUCAGAACUAUUUGAUAAAACCAGAAAAAUAGAAGCACGAGUGUCUGCUGAUGAGGACCUCAAACUUUCUGACCUUUUAAAAUAUUACUUAAGGGAAUCUCAAGCUGCUAAG